AUGCCACACACUGUCGACCCUGAGUCCGCCAUGCCGACCAUCGUCGCAAAGGGCCCCUCCGGCGUGCCCCCCACCUCCGAAGAAAUUUCCUCCCUUCUCACUACCAUUUUCACCUCCGAGUCCUCCCAACAGUCCCUCGAUGGAGCUUAUGCCUUGGCCAACCUGCUUAUCCAGGGUGCUGGAACUGCCGGUCUGUUGAACUACAAUGUCUUGGCCGAAACCCGGAAGGCCGCUUCCGACAAAAAGAAUGGUGCCAAGCGCGAGAGUGCCAUGCUCAUUAUUGGCGCUUUGUUCGAGCGUUUCCCUCGAGAGUUCCCUCUCAGCGAAACUAUCUUCCUCUUGCACGAUGGAGGUGUGUUCGACAUUGCCCUCGACGGUUUGGCCGACAAGGGCGCCGUCGUCCGCGAUGCUGCCCAGUACGCCAUCGAUGCCCUCUACGGCUGUCUCAGUCCCGAGGCUAUGGUCAACGGACUCAUCCCGGCCCUUGAGCGCUACCUGAGCAAGGGCUCCGGUAAGUGGCAAGGUUUCGUCGGUGCCUACAAGUUGAUCGAGAAGAUGGCCGUCAAGGCCCAGCUCGGUACUGGCACCAUGGACGAGGAGCGUCAGAAGGAUCUGCUGCGUGAUGCUAUGGGUAAGACUCUCAAGGAGCUCAUCCCCAUUGUCGAGUCCGGCAUGCACGACUUGAAGAGCGAAGUGGCAAAGCAAUCUUGCAAGACCAUGACCGCCCUUACCACUCUCCUGUCCAACGACGACGUUGCCCCUCGUAUUCCUCUUUUGAUCCAGACCAUGGAGAAGCCCUCUGCCCAGACUCUGCAGAAGGCCAUCCACGCCCUCUCCCAGACUACCUUCGUCGCUAUCGUUACCUCCCCCGUCCUGGCGAUGCUUACCCCUCUGCUCGCUCGUUCCCUCAACACCCCGGCUACUCCCCAAGAAACCCUCCGCCAGACUGUUGUCGUUGUGGAGAACUUGACCAAAUUGGUUCACGAUCCUGCCGAGGCCCGUACUUUCCUUCCCAACCUCCAGCCCGGUGUCAAGUCCGUUAAGGAUGGUGCUUCUCUCCCUGAGGUUCGUGAGCUUGCCACCCGUGCCCUCGAUGUUAUCGAGACCGCCAUGGGAGACAAAGACCUGGCUACUGGAGCCAUUUCCAAGACCACAUCUGAGGAGGUCUUGGUCGUGCUGAACGCCAAAAUUCAGGAGCACGGUGGCCUCAAUGCCUCUGUCGAUGCCAAGCUCCAGGAUCUGGCCAAGAACUUCGUUGCCAGCAUGGUCCGCGAGGAUAUCAACGUUCGCAUGCACGACCGUAUCACUGGCUCCAUUGAGCCCUACCUCCGCGGCCUGAUCGCCGACGGAAACGCUGAGGCUGUUGCAGCUGCUGUCCAGGCCCACUACAUUGAGCAGGACGAGAUUAAGUACGGCAAGCCUCCCCCAGAGGACCCCAACGACGUUGAGAUUGUCAACGCCAACUUCUCCCUCGCUUACGGUGGUAUGCUUUUGCUCUCCCACACUAACUUGCGCCUGCUCAAGGGCCAUCGUUACGGUCUUUGCGGUCGCAACGGUGCCGGAAAAUCUACCCUCAUGCGCAGUAUCGCCAACGACAAGCUCGAGGGCUUCCCUCCUCAAGACCAGGUGCGCACUUGCUUUGUGGAGCACAACCAGGGCGAGGAUGCCAACCUUACCAUCUUCGAGUACGUGUCCAAGGACCCUAAGAUUGCUGAGCAGGGUCAGAAGCACAUCUCCGAGGUUCUGAUCGAGUUCGGCUUCACUGAUGGCCCCGAGGGUCGCCAGUCCCAGCCUGUGGGCUCACUGUCUGGUGGUUGGAAGAUGAAGCUGGCUCUUGCCCGUGCUAUGCUCCAGAAGGCCGAUGUUCUUCUGCUUGACGAGCCUACUAAUCACUUGGAUGUGGCAAACGUCAAGUGGCUGCAGGAGUACCUGAAGUCUCACACUGAGAUCACCAGUUUGAUCGUCUCUCACGACUCCGGCUUCCUCGAUGAAGUCUGUACCGAUAUCUACCACUACGAGGGCAAGAAGCUUGUCUGCUACAAGGGUAACCUUGCCGAUUUCGUCAAGGUCAAGCCCGAGGGCAAGUCGUACUACACCUUGUCUGCCUCCAACGUGCAGUUCAAGUUCCCCCCUCCCGGUAUUUUGUCUGGUAUCAAGUCCAUGACUCGUGCUAUUCUGCGCAUGAGCAAUGUUUCCUUCACCUACCCGGGCGCUUCCAAGCCCUCUUUGCACGAUGCUUCGCUGUCUCUGACUCUUUCUUCCCGUGUCGCUAUCAUUGGUGGAAACGGUGCCGGAAAGUCUACCUUCAUUAAGAUCUUGACUGGUGAGACCAUUCCCCAGAGCGGCAAGCUUGAGAAGCACCCGAACCUGCGUAUCGGUUACAUCAAGCAGCACGCCCUGGAGCACGUUGAGAUGCACUUGGAGAAAACCCCUAGCCAGUACCUCCAGUGGCGUUACGCCAACGGUGAUGACCGUGAGGUUUUCUUGAAGCAGACCCGUAUUCUUACCGAGGAGGACAAGGCUCAGCUUGAGAAGCCAAUUGACUUGGGUGCCGGCUUCGGUCCUCGUCGCAUCGAGGCCCUGAUUGGUCGUCAGAAGUGGAAGAAGUCCUUCCAGUACGAGGUCAAGUGGGUGGGUCUUCUGCCCAAGAGCAACACCAUGAUCUCGCGUGAGACUCUGCUCGAGCUUGGCUUCUUCAAGCUCGUCCAAGAGUUCGAUGAUCACGAGGCUUCCCGUGAGGGUCUCGGCUUCCGUGUCCUCGACCCCAAGACCAUUACCAAGCACUUCGAGGAUAUUGGUAUGGACCCUGAGAUCGCCAACCACAACGAGAUUUCUGGUCUGUCCGGUGGUCAAAAGGUCAAGGUCGUGCUGGCUGGUGCCAUGUGGAACAACCCCCACUUGUUGGUCCUGGACGAGCCGACUAACUUCUUGGACCGUGACUCCCUGGGUGGUCUGGCUGUUGCCAUUCGUGAUUUCAAGGGUGGUGUUGUUAUGAUUUCUCACAACGAGGAGUUCGUUGGUGCUCUCUGCCCCGAACAGCUGCACAUCGCCGAUGGUCGCGUUGUUAGCCGUACCAACAACGCCGUCAGCCUGGACCGCUUCGAGGACAGCGCCACCAACACUCCCUCCGCCCCUGGUACCCCCGCCACUGGAUCGGCUAACACCAGCGCUGCCCCAUCUGCUGCUCCCUCCGACAAUGAAGGCGAACUCAAUUUCCGCGCUAAGAAGAAGAAGAAGAUGACCCGUGCUCAGCAGAAGGAACGUGAGACCCGCCGUCGUCUGCGCUACAUCGAAUGGUUGAACUCACCGAAGGGCACCCCCAAGCCCGUGGAUUCCGAUGAUGAAUAA